UGCCACCAUCGUCACCAGUAUCGGCAUUGUCACUGGUGUCGGCAUCGUCACUGUGUCGGCAUCAUCAUUGGUGUUGGCAUUGUCACUGGUGUCGGCAUCGUCACCGGUGUCGGUAUUGUCACCGGUAUCGGCACCAGUGUCACCAUUGUCACUGGUGUCGGCAUUGUCACUGGUUGUUGGCAUUGUCACUGGUGUCGGCGCUGUCACCGGUAUCGGCACCAGUGUCAUCAUCGUCACCAGUAUCGGCAUUGUCACUGGUACCGGCAUUGUCACUGGUAUCGGCAUCAACACCGGUGUCGGCGUUUUCACCGGUGUCGGCAUUGUUACUGGUGUUGGCAUUGGCACCAGUAUUGGCACCAGUAUCACCAUCGUCACCGGUAUUGGCAUCAUCACCGGUAUCAGCGUUGUUACUGGCAUCAGCACUGUCACCAGUAUCGGUGUUGUCACCGGUAUCGGCAUUGUCACCAGUAUUGGCACCAGUGUCAUCAUCGUCACCAGUAUCGGCGCCAGUGGCAGCAUUGUCACUGGUGUCAGCAUUGUCACUGGUGUCGGCAUGGGUACCAGUGUUGGCAUUGUCACCAGUACUGGCACCGGUGUCAGCACUGUCACCGGUAGCUCCAUGGGUACUGGUGUUGUCACGGGUAUCGGUACCGGCACUGGUAUUGGUACUGGUGUGGGCAUUGUCACUGGUAUUGCUACCAGUGUCACCAUCAUUGCCGGUGUUGAUUUUGUCACUGGUAUCGGUAUGAGUGUCAGCACUGUCACUGGUGCCGGCGCUGUCACCAGUAUCGGCAUCGUGUCAGCACUGUCACCGGUCAUUGUCACCAGUGCUGGCAUUGUCCCUGGUGUUGGUAUCGGCAUUGGCACUGGUAUCGGCACUGGUACCACUGUUGGCAUCAUCACCCAUGUUGUCAUUGUCACAGAUGUUGGCAUCGUCACUCUUAUCGGCAUCAGUGCUGGCAUCGUCAUCGGUGCCGACAUUGUCACUAGCAUUAGCAUUGGUGUCGGUAUUGUCACCAGUACUGGCUUUGUCAUCGGUGUUGAGUGUUGUGUCGGUAUUGUCACUGGUGUUGGCUUUGUCACUGGUGUUGGCUUUGUUGCUGGUGUCGGUAUUGUCACCGGUGUUGACUUUGUCACUGGUGUUGGCAUUGUCACCGGUGCUGGCGUUGUCACUGGCAUCAAUGUCGGUAUUGUCACCAGUACUGGCUUUGUCACCGGUGUUGACUUUGUCACUGGUGUUGGCUUUGUCACCGGUGUUGGCUUUGUCACCGGUGCUGGCAUUGUCAUUGGCAUCGGUGUUGGUAUUGUCACCAGUGCUGGCAUUGUCACUGGCAUUGUCACCAGUGUCGGUAUUGUCACCGGUGUUCCGGUGUUGACUUUGUUUGGCUUUGUCACUGGUGUUGGCUUUGUCACCGGUGUUGCCAUUGUCACCGGUGCUGGCAUUGUCACUGGCAUUGGUAUCGGUAUUGUCACUGGCAUCGGCAUUGGUGUCAGUAUUGUCACCGGUGUUGACUUUGUCACCAGUGUUGGCAUUGUCACCGGUGCUGGCAUUGUCACUGGCAUCGGCAUUGGUGUCAGUAUUGUCACCGGUGCUGCCUUUGUCACUGGUGUUGGCAUUGUCACCGGUGCUGGCAUUGUCACUGGCAUCAGCAUUGGUGCUGGCAUUGUCACCGGUGCUGCCUUUGUCACCGGUGUCACCAUUGUCACCGGUGUCGGCACUGCCACCGGCGCUGCCAUCGUCCCCAUCCCUGCUCAGAGGCAGACGUUGAUCUGCUUGGCCAGCUCGCGCUCCAGGUCGAGGAUGAGCGCGUCGAAGUCCUUGAGGUUGAGGCAGGGGCCGAAGGUCGCCUCCGUGUCCUCCCCCAGCCCAAAAUCGGCCACCAACAGGGUCCUCCGGCGCGACGACCGCCGUGCCACCACCCCGCCCUCGCCGUCACCACCUGCCACCUCGUCGUAG